CAGAGCAGCUAGCGAGCAUGCUAGCUAGUUAUAUACAUGAAUAAAAAAUAUAGAGGGACAUCACGAGAAGGGGGGGGGGAAACAUUAAUUUUGUUUGGGAGCAGGACGGCAGCGGCGGUAGAAUGGCUUUAGUGCGGUUACUCUCGGCUUCUGUUUCGUCUUUACGGUUGGUAGCGAGGACUUUACAGCGCCCUUCGCUGAGUGCUGCCGUCGGGAAAGUUUCAUCACCCGGACUGAGGGGAUCCCAUCACUGGGUCGUUGCACCGAACCACCUUAAAGCGCUGUCAUCUAUAAGGAAAUUGUCUCCAUCCAUAAUUUACACAAGCGAAACCUCCAGAGAUGGUAAACCAAGUGGGCCGGAGCGUCGGUCAAGAGGAGGAGGAGAUGAAGGAAGGAAGAGUGACUGGAAGAGUCGUUUAGUGCAGGGGGAUUUUCCAUGGGAUGACAAAGAUUUUCGCUACAUAGCAAUCACAGUAGGAGGAGUUGCAUCAGUCCUGCUCUACUUGUACUUCCGUGAUCCAGGUGUAGAGAUCACUUGGAAAGACUUUGUCCAUCGCUACCUGGGCAGAGGAGUAGUUGACCGCUUGGAAGUUGUGAACAAGCAAUUUGUCAGGGUCAUCCUAGUCCCAGGGGCAGACAUUUCAAAUGGUAGCUAUGUGUGGUUUAACAUUGGCAGUGUAGAUGCGUUUGAGAGGAAUCUGGAAGCUGCCCACUGGGAGUUUGGUCUGGAGCCCUCCCACAGAACAGCCGUAGUGUACACCUCAGAGAAUGUUGGAUCUUUUCUUAUGAGUGUCAUUCCUACCUUGCUGCUGGUUGGCUUUUUGCUCUUCACGCUGAGGCGAGGCCCAAUGAGUGGAGGUGCAGGGGGUGGCAGGGGCUGGCCUUUCAGCAUGAGUGAAUCCCCUGCAAAGAUGAUGAAGGACAAUAUAGAUGUCAAGUUCAAAGAUGUAGCUGGAUGUGAAGAAGCAAAAGUGGAGAUCCUAGAGUUUGUCAAUUUUCUGAAGAACCCACAGCAGUACAAGGACCUGGGUGCUAAGAUCCCCAAGGGUGCUGUGCUCUCAGGCCCUCCAGGAACAGGAAAGACUCUGCUAGCAAAAGCCACUGCUGGAGAAGCCAAUGUUCCCUUCAUUACUGUCAAUGGCUCUGAGUUCCUUGAGAUGUUUGUGGGAGUAGGACCAGCCAGGGUGAGGGACAUGUUUGCCAUGGCUAGGAAGAAUGCCCCAUGCAUCCUUUUCAUCGAUGAGAUUGAUGCUGUUGGCAGGAAGAGGGGUGGAGGGAACUUUGGAGGUCAGAGUGAGCAGGAGAACACCCUGAACCAGCUGCUUGUGGAGAUGGAUGGGUUCAAUACCAGUACGAAUGUGGUGGUUUUGGCUGGCACAAACAGACCUGACAUUCUGGACCCUGCUCUCAUGCGACCUGGGAGAUUUGACAGACAGAUUUACAUAGGUCCUCCUGAUAUUAAGGGCAGAGCCUCCAUCUUUAAGGUUCACCUGAGGCCUCUGAAACUUGACCCGACUUUGAACAGAGAUGCUCUUGCUCGGAAAAUGGCAGCUUCCACCCCAGGUUUCACAGGAGCUGACAUAGCGAAUGUGUGUAAUGAGGCUGCUCUCAUUGCUGCCAGACAUCUUAGUGAGGCUGUCAAUGCCAAACACUUCGAACAGGCCAUUGACCGAGUGAUCGGAGGUUUAGAGAAGAAGACGCAGAUCUUGCAGCCCACCGAGAAGAAGACAGUGGCGUUCCAUGAGGCUGGCCAUGCAAUUGUGGGCUGGUUCCUCCAGCACGCCGACCCAUUACUCAAGGUGUCCAUCAUUCCACGCGGAAAGGGUUUAGGCUAUGCGCAGUACCUGCCUAAAGAGCAGUACCUCUACACACAGGAGCAGCUCUUUGACAGGAUGUGCAUGAUGCUGGGAGGCCGUGUGGCAGAGCAGGUCUUCUUUGGCAGAAUCACCACUGGAGCUCAGGACGACCUAAAGAAGGUCACCCAGUCUGCCUAUGCACAGAUAGUACAGUUUGGGAUGAGUGAAAAGGUGGGGCAGGUGUCAUUCGAUGUGGCGCGGCAGGGUCAGGUGGUCAUGGAGAAGCCCUACAGUGAGGCUACAGCAGAGCUUAUUGAUGAGGAGGUCAGAGAGCUGGUGGACGGCGCUUACCAAAGAACGCUGAAGCUCAUCAGAGAGAAACAUGACCUGGUUGAGAUGGUAGGAAGACGUCUCCUGCAAAAGGAGGUCCUGGACAAAGCCGACAUGUUGGAGUUGCUCGGCCCCAGGCCAUUCGAGGAGAAAUCAACCUAUGAACAGUUUGUAGAGGACACCGGCAGCUUUGAGGAAGAUACAAGCCUACCAGAGGGGCUGAAGGAUUGGAAUCAGGGGAAGGGACAGAACCAGGGAGAGGUGUCAGCAUCACAGAAGAAACAGGCAACCUAAAGUGAGAGAGACUGCAGAACACUGGCUGCAUGGUGCUCACCAUGUUGACUUCAGAGCCAGUGUGAUUGUAUUGGCUUUCUUUCUGUGUAGGGAAGAGGACUUCACUUUGUAGUUUGGCAGGACCAUAUUUCACUUUUGCCAGUAAUUAACAAGGGGCUAAAAACUAAAUUGGAAAUGCCUUAACUAUCAGCAAUAGAAAAAGGCCUAGUAAAUCAAAAAACCCUUUGAACUGAAAAACACUGAAGAUUGUAUAGCCUUUCACUUUUCAUUUCAGAUAGACAACCUCUAGUUUGUGGUACUUAUUUAAUUCCAAACUUCCAACAGUGACUUCAUGACCUGAAUUGUUGACAUUAUAGAUUUAUUUCCUCUUUAUGAGAGGGGAAGCGAGAAAAAAUGUUGCUGUAUAUUUGUACAGUUUGCUUUUGCAAGUAUUGAAGUGGUAUUUUCACAAAUUUGUAUAUGAUAAACAUUAUACUUAUUUAAUUAAAAUGGUUUUACCUCCAUAAAAUGAA